CAAAAAUCAAAGGAGGCCAAUCAAAUGCCAGAACUAUCAAGGUAAGAUGAAAUUGAAUGACCAAAACACAAAAAGAUAAAUGGAUUAUGCUUAAAAGACACUGCAAAUCUUCAGUUGGGGAUUCAGUGAGCUGACAAAACAGCAAGAAUGUUCCAACUUUUUGGACUCUCAUUAAAGUUUGUUUCUGAAUUUUCAGCCAAUAACCUGGACCACCCUCUCUCUCGCUUUCUUUAAAACCGAUCCCAUUUUCGUACGCAGGUUUUUGGAGCGACAGCGAGAGCUUCUUCAACCCUUCAUCAUGAAAGCUCCACGCCACAAGAAAAUGGCGGAAAAGGCUAAGAAAGAUAACCCCAUCAAGCAGAUUCAUUGCGCCGUCCCUUUUUGCUUCUUCUGUACGAUGAACGAACCAGACCCAUUACUCAGAACGUUCAAAAUCACCGAAUGCUUCAAAGAAAUGCCUCGGAGAGAGGAUCAGGAGUACGUACUCGCACUGAGUGGACUCUGGAGCAUCGCCAAGACCCGACCCGAUAACCCGGAAUUUCCCGAGCUUGGUAUCUUCGAGUGUAUGGGAAAGCUUAUUUGUAGAGGAAUCGAUGAUAGGGAAUGGUUGUUUAGAGACCAGAAUGUUUAUAUUCCUUACUAUGCAGCCCAUAUUAUAGGUUCUUACGCCAUGAAUAAAGCUGAGUUUGCGGAAAUUGCUGUCGAAUCUGGAGUGAUUCCGCCAUUAAUGGAGCUAUUGAGGGGAAAAAUCAGCUGGGUCGAGAAGAGAGUGGCAGUUCGAGCUCUGGGUCAUUUGGCAAGCCAUGACACGACCUUCGAAUCAGUUGCAGAAAUUGGAACUGAGGUCGUGGAAUUGGCCAUGGAAAUUGCAUCCAAAAUCGCCGAAAAUGUUUAUACGCAAUUCCUCUGUCUAAAACAGAGGAGGAAAUAUCAACGCAAUUUGCUUACGAGAGGCCUAGGAGGGGUCGAAAUUGAGAACAGAAAGGCAGAGGAAUGGACCAUUCAAACCCAGUGCUGGUCUCUUUAUCUUCUCGAUUGUUUCGCUCGCAGAGAGAGACAUCUGAGUUUAAUCUGUAAGAAGAAUUUCUUGAAGAUUUUAUGUCAAAUUUGGGGUGGAUUGGCAAACCCAGAAGCACCAGCUGGAAUUGGGCUUCUGAGGACUCUGUGUAGAACAGAGAUUGGAAGAAAAAGCGUGACGGAUUUGGAAGAAGUCAUAAAAUCUCUAUGUGUUCUCGCUAGAUCAUCCUCAGAUGAAUGGCAGAUUACGGCCAUUGAAUGUAUUUUGAGUCUGAUCAAAGACCCACUAACCAGAAACAGAGUUCUCGAAUCCUCUGUUUUUUCUCUUAUCGAUUUGGUAGAGCUAGAAAUCGGCGGUGACCAAAAGAAGCAAAAAUUGGGAGACUCUGUAACACGAGAAUUGCUGAAAGAUUACCAUAAAAUCAAGUACGGAAAUGAGAAGCUGUACAGCGAAACAGCCGAGAGAGCAUUAGGGGAAAUUUGGGAGUUGAAAGUCGAGAAGAAGAGGAGGGAGAAAUUGAUGUCCGAAAAAGAGGUGAGAAAGAGAAAACUCUUGGUGGGAAUUCUCACAAAACAGGGGAAUCACAGAUUCAGGGGCGGAGUGAUAGAAAAAGCUGUGGUGAAAUACUCCGAAGCUUUGGAAAUGUGCGUACCCAAGAUGAUAAAACAGAGGCUUGUCCUCCAUAGCAACAGAGCUCAAUGUUUUCUGCUGCUGAGAGACCCAGAAGCCGCCAUUAGCGACACGACUCGAGCUCUAUGCUUGUCGAAACAGGGGAGCCCUCACAGUAGAAGCCUGUGGAGAAGAUCACAGGCUUAUGAUAUGAUGGGACUGGCUAAAGAGAGCUUAAUUGACUGCUUGCUUUUUGUCAGCUGCCAAAUCAAGUUGAAGGAGAAGAUCCCGUACUAUGCUGCGAGGAUGAUGAACAAGCAGAUGAAUGCUACGUGGGUAUUUGCUUCUGUGGAAUCAAGAACAUUUAACAGAGAUGAAGAGCUUGUUCGAGAAUCGCCAAUGACGGAAUUUGAAGGCGGGAAGAUCUUGAUGAUGAAGAUGAAGCAGAAGGAUGGCCAUGCCACUGUGUUUCCUUAAUGUAGUGGAUGUAAUAGUUCUUAGCAGAUGGUACAUAUUAAUGGAGGCCAAAGUUGAACAGAUCAAGAGAUCUCUUUGGUAUUUUGAAACCCAUGUAAUUAAUUUGAUUUGGGUAUGUUUGAUUCUAAAUUUUCUUGAUU